AUGAGCAGCGGCCAAACUCUCAGUGGAGGAAACACGACCACAAAUGGCAGCAGGGGAGAUAGAACUACGGUGGAAGAUGCUCCGAAGCCCUCCACACCAACCAGAAAGCCACAACCUCCUAAGUCGGAGAAUGCUAUCACCAUCGCAGUGUCCUCUCGAGUUCUCUUCAACAUGGAGAAGGAGCAGAGGAUCUUUGAGGAGCACGGCAUGGAGGAGUACAUCAAGUAUCAAGUGGACCACGAAACAGAGCCCUUCAGCCCCGGUCCAGCCUUCUCCUUUGUCAAGGCUCUGGAGGCAGUGAACGCUCAAUUAAGAGAACUGUACCCAUCCAGUGAAGAGCUCUUUGAUGUGGUGCUUAUAACAAAUAACCAUGCAUACGUGGGCCUUCGUCUUAUCAACACCAUCAACCACCACCAGUUAUUGAUUGAGCGCUUCUGUAUGACUGGAGGGAAAAGCCCAAUAGGAUAUUUAAAGGCCUACACAAACCUGUACCUAUCUGCAGAUUCAAGCAAGGUCCGGGAAGCACUGGAAGAAGGUAUAGCAGCGGCCACAAUGUUCACCCCAGAUAAGAUCACUGAAGUGUCCGACGUACAGCUGCGCGUGGCCUUCGACGGCGACGCGGUCCUGUUUUCAGACGAGUCAGAGCGCAUUUACAAAGCCCAUGGACUGGACAAGUUCUUCGAGCAUGAGAAGGAGCAUGAGAACAGGCCCCUGGACCAUGGGCCCCUAAAAGGCUUCCUGGAGGCACUGGGAAAGCUGCAGAAGAAGUUUUACGACAAAGGUCAGAGAAUGGACUGUCCCAUCCGCACGUACCUGGUGACGGCCCGAAGCGCCGCCAGCUCCGGGGCUCGGGCGCUCAAAACCCUUCGCUCGUGGGGCCUGGAGAUAGACGAGGCGCUCUUUCUGGCGGGGGCUCCCAAGGGCCCCAUGCUGGAGAAGAUCCGGCCACAUCUCUUCUUUGACGACCAGAUGUUUCAUAUAGAGGGCGCUGCUGAGCUGGGAACUGUGGCCUGUCACGUGCCCUAUGGGAUCGCGCAGAAAGUGGCCAAUAAGGGAACAAAACCUCAGGCUCGUAAUUGA